UCACGCACGACUUCCGACACCGGAAAAGCGACUCGCAUCAACAUGAACAAACACCCCCGCAGCUGUCAACAGAGCUCGAGACUAGAUUCACUCAUCACGCAAAGAACUUCAAUGAAUUAAUCGCGUGCAUUACUGUGGUCCGAGCGCAUUAUCUGCGGUGUGUGAUGCAGUGCGCUCGCGUGCGUAAUUUCUAUCAGUCUGACAGGUUGUGAAUGGAGAGCAGGAUGAGAUAACGGCUCAUGGAGGAGACAGUGAUGCAGUCUGUGCAUCAGGCCUCGAGCAGGAAUCAUUCGUAUCUGAAUAAUGUCUGUGGUUUAAAAGUUUAAUAGUGCAUGAAAGAGUUAGAAACACUGAGUUCAUAAGGACAGAGAGAAACCCUGAGCUGAACCAUGGACACUUUCCUGGACUUUGAGGAAUGCAUCAGAGACUCACCUGCAUUCAGGCAGUCCCUGGAUAAAUGCGAGAGUGAUGUUGCAGAACUGGAGAGUCGUGUGGAGAAAGUGAUGAAGUUGUGUAGUCAGAUGGUGAAUGCGGGUCAGAACUACACCUCCUGCAAUCAGCUCUUCCUGUCCGGACUGGCCGAGUUUACGGCGUAUCAUAAGAACGACAGUGUUAUUGUGAAUUGCCUGCGUCAGUUCAACCAAGGCCUACAAGAAAUGAUCCAGUUUCAGACGAUGCUGUUUGAUCAGACUCAGAGAGCCAUUACCCAACAGCUCACAAACCUGCUUUCACAAUUUGUGCCGCAGAUUCGCGACACUCGCCGUGAGUUUGUACGGAUCGGAGACGAUCUAGAUGCCGCCGUUGUGAAAAACGCCCAGGUCAGCCGACACAAACCCGUCGACGCUGAAAGAGCGACUCACCUGCUGCUCGCCACGCGGAAAUGCUACCAACACUUCGCCCUGGACUACUGCCUGCAGCUGAAUAAUUUCAAGGUCCAACAGAAGCUGGAUAUCCUGAAUUCGGUCUUCUCGUAUUUUCACGCUCAGUACACGUUUUUCCACCAGGGAUUCGACCUGCUGAGAGAUCUAGAGCCGACCAUGAAGACGAUGGCCUCACAGCUUUCUCAGCUGUCAACUGACUGCGCUGCCAAGAGGAAAGACCUGGAAAACACACACCUGCUCGUUCAGCAGAGGGAUGCGUCCGGAGAGGCGGUGAUUGUGUGUAAUCCGUCUGAUGAAGGAACGAUUCAAGGCUACCUGUUCAAACGCUCACGCAAGAAGAACAAAACAUGGAAGAGGUGCUGGUUUUUCACUGAAAAUAAUCAGUUAAUCUACUCAAAAUCACACAAGGAGCAGCCUGUUGUCCUGUUCGAUGACCUGCGUCUGUGCGCAGUGAAAUCUCUGGAUGUGAUCGACCGCCGUUUCUGUUUUGAGCUGCUGUCAGUGCAGAAGUGUUGUGUGUUACAGGCCGACUCGGAGGAGCUGAAGCUGGCGUGGAUUAACGCUGUUCAGGGCUGUAUAGACAUGGCGUACCGCGAUCAAGUAAUGGAUCAAAACACUCAGGUGAAGGAGAGCUCCACCCCUGUGCUCGUUCCAGACCCGCCCUCUCACCCCCCCGCUCUGGGCGUGGCUCUCCGUGGCAGCGGUAACCAGCGCUGCUGUGACUGCGGGGAGGCGGAGCCUCGCUGGGCCAGCGUGAACCUCGGCAUCACCAUGUGCAUCGAGUGCUCGGGCAUCCACAGGAGUCUUGGCGUUCAUCUGUCCAAAGUUCGAUCACUCACUCUUGAUUCCUGGGAGCCAGAACAGUUAAAGCUGCUAUGUGUUCUGGGUAAUGAAGUCAUUAAUGGCAUUUAUGAGCGUAACCCAGCAGAUGGACUACAGAAGCCCAGCGCAGGCAGUCCAAGGCAGGAUAAAGAACAGUGGAUCCGGUUCAAGUAUGUGGAGAAAAGAUUUGUGACGCGUGAUCCUGAUGGACCUGGUGCUGAAACAUCAAAGCUGCGUGCCGGAGAGAAGCUAUAUCAGGCGUCGCUGAACGGGGAUCUCGUUGCCAUGGCGACGGCGCUGGCUGAGGGUGCGGAGGUGAACUGGAGUAAUCCUGAGCGGGAGGGACGGACGGCUCUGAUUGGUUCAGCCGUCGGGGGCUCUCUGCUGGCAUGUGAGUUUCUGCUACAGAACGGCGCUAACGUGAAUCACAGAGAUCAGCACGGACAGGGCGCUCUGCACGCCGCCGCCACCUACGGACACACGGGGCAGGUGUGUCUGCUGCUCAAGAGAGGAGCCAAUCAGUACGCAGCCGACGAAAAGGGAAAUGAUCCACUCAGUAUCGCCAUAGAAACCGCCCACGCUGACAUCGUCACCUUGUUAAGAAUGGCCCGAAUGAAUGAGGAAAUGAGGGAUUCAGAGGGAUUCUUCGGAUCUGUUGGAGAUGAUGAAACAUUCCAGGAUAUUUUCCGCGAUUUCAGUAACAUGGCGUCACAUGACCCAGAGAAGCUCUCUCGCCGCCAGUUCGUCCGCAGCUCUGAGGACGACGAGGAGAAAAGCUAGAGCGUCUGUGCUCUCAGGUCAAGGGAGGUCAAAGGUCACGCUGCUGCAGUAUGGGACAAGGGAACAAAAUGGAAAGGAGGGAAAUCUUAAUGUUGCAACUAUUUAAAAACUAAAAAUCUCUUGGAGAGAGUGUGGAUCUAAUGUCGGAGUGUGCGAGCAUUAAUGUGACUGACGCUCAGCGUGUUUCCGGUCCGACUCAUUUCAUCCACACACACAUGAACUGACUCGGUUUUACUAAAGGCUUUUGACACGUAUGUUUAUGAACUAUUUUAUAUUGUGCUGCAGUUGUACUACACUGAACUUUGAAGGAUAUUCACACCUACAGUAAAUACAGUGGUUAUUUAAGAUAUUAAAGUCAACAUGAAACCAAAAGUGACCUUACUUUCUUAAUGCAUGUUCCUGGUCUUAUUGUGAAUGAUUAAUCAGUGCAGGUCAGUUCAUCAAAACUAAAUAACUUGGUCUUCCUCUAAAACAUAUUUCAUUUAGGCUUUAUUAUCGACACUUUUCAUCAUCCAA